AUGUUGCGUCCUCGCACCCUUCAACCACUGAGCCGGGGAAUAGCGCGACCAUCCACUGCCCUCGCCUCAAAUUCACAUUCAUGUGCCGGUAGACGAACACUGGCAACGCCAACAGAACACACGCGUCUAACACUGGCCUUGCAGGACACAGCCGAACUCGACCAAGUCACCACUCUACCCAAUGGCCUGCGCGUUGCCACCGAAGCCCUGCCUGGCCACUUCUCUGGCAUUGGCGUCUAUGUCGACUCCGGCUCGCGCUAUGAAAACGAUGCGCUGCGAGGCGUGAGCCACAUUGUCGACCGGUUGGCGUUCAAGUCAACGCGCAACACGAGCGGAGAUCAAAUGAUGGAGAAGCUCGAGACGCUUGGUGGGAACAUUCAAUGCGCCUCCUCACGCGAAUCCAUCAUGUACCAGGCUGCCACCUUCAACUCGGCCGUCCGGUCCACAGUCGGCAUAUUGGCUGAGACCAUUCGGGACCCUUUGAUUACAGAAGAAGAGGUACAACAACAACUCGAGACGGCCGACUAUGAGAUUGGGGAGAUCUGGAGCAAGCCAGAGUUGAUCCUCCCCGAGCUGGUGCACAUGGCUGCAUACAAGGACAACACGCUGGGCAACCCACUGCUGUGCCCCAAGGAGCGGCUGCCCUACAUCAACCGCCAUGUGGUAGAAGCAUACCGCAAGGAGUUCUACAAGCCAGAGAGAAUGGUCGUGGCCUUUGCAGGCGUCAAUCACAACGAGGGCGUCCGAUUAGCAGAGGAAUACUUUGGCGAUAUGCAAAAAGGCAUCGGUCCAUCACGGAGCACGGGCAGCCAGAGCAGCACCUCCUCGACCCCGAACCAGCAAGUUUUUACCGCCGACCACCCUACGCCAAUAGGCGCACCCCCACAAGCCUCCAAGCUCCUCUCCAAGAUUCCCUUUUUCAAGAACCUCUCCACAUCCGCCACCUCCAAUGCCUCCGUCAACACCUCACUCGACCUCGACUUCCCUCCCAUCGACACCUCCAUCCCCUCGACCUACACCGGCGGCUUCCUCUCGCUUCCGCCCAUUCCCCCACCACUAAACCCCAUGCUCCCCCGCCUAUCCCACAUCCACCUCGCAUUCGAGGGCGUCCCCGUCGGCUCCCCAGACAUUUUUGCCCUCGCAACCCUCCAAACCCUCCUCGGUGGCGGUGGCUCCUUCAGCGCCGGCGGGCCCGGAAAGGGCAUGUACUCGCGUCUCUACACCAACGUGCUCAACCAACACGGCUGGGUGGAAUCCUGCGUCGCCUUCAACCACGCCUACACCGACUCGGGCCUCUUCGGCAUCGCCGCCUCGUGCGCGCCCUCGCACGUCGCCCAAAUGCUCGAAGUCAUGUGCCGCGAGCUCAAAUCUCUAUCCGACGAGACGGGCUACGCAGUCCUCAAGCCGGUCGAAGUCCAGCGCGCAAAGAACCAGCUCCGCAGCUCCCUGCUCAUGAAUCUCGAAUCCCGCAUGGUCGAGCUCGAGGAUCUCGGCCGCCAAGUCCAGGUCCACGGCCGCAAGUACAGUGUCAAGGAGGUGGCGCGCAAUAUUGAAAACGUGACGAUUAAGGAUCUGAGGCGCGUAGCGAAGAUGGUGUUUGGCGGGGAAGUGCGGAAUGUUGGGGGUGGGAGUGGGGCGCCGACGGUGGUGUUGCAGGAGGGUGAAAUGGAGGGGUUGAGACGCAAAGAGUUUUCUUGGGAUGAUAUUCAGAAUCGGAUUGCGAGGUGGAAGUUGGGGCGACGGUGA